AUGUUCUGUCUUAGGUUCACGAUGUCUGACAGAAAGGCUGUGAUCAAGAAUGCGGACAUGUCUGAGGACAUGCAGCAAGAUGCUGUGGACUGUGCUACACAGGCAAUGGAGAAGUACAACAUAGAAAAGGACAUUGCAGCAUAUAUAAAGAAGGAAUUUGACAAGAAAUACAACCCAACUUGGCACUGCAUUGUUGGCAGAAACUUUGGCAGCUAUGUAACACACGAGACAAAGCACUUCAUCUAUUUUUACUUGGGUCAGGUUGCAAUUCUUCUCUUCAAGUCUGGAUAGGCAGUAGGAGCAGGUGAAAUUUGGACUGUAAUGCACUGAUGGCUGAAGCCACGACUCCCUUUAACAUGGCUAUGCCGCUGCAUGGACUGUAUACUAUAUUUAAUGUGUAUAUGUUGCAGUAAAAAUCUACUUCUGUUUAGUUGCCUGGGAAGAAGGCGGCAUUUUUUUGUUACUGCUUUUUUUGGUUGUAUUGCACUAGGAAACCUGUAAAUGCUUAAAACAAUGGCCUUUACGUGGGAAGAAAUAAAACUAUUCCACAACAGCUCCCUCAGUGGUAACUCCUUCUUUGAGGCUGGGAAAACUUCUUUGGGCAGGCCAAAAGAUCCUGACUUCCUUACUGAGUUUUAUUAGACUGUUAAUCUUGUAAAGAGGAGCAAAGCCAGUGUGAGCCUCUGUACCCACCCUGCAGACUGUAGAGAGCUGGCUCUCCCAGUAACCUCAGUGCAGGUACUUAGACCUUCCCUGAAAGCUGGUGGGGUGGCUCUUGAUUACGUGGCUUUCACACCCAAGUUGAUCUCCACCUCGGACUGUGAUAAACAGGCUUGCAGCUGGCACCCUCGGUGUUCUCUUUCAGUGUCCAUCACUGUAUUUUUGGCGCUGCUGAAACAUUGACCUAGACUUGUAAGCGACUCAGCCUGGUCUAGAAGACUUUAACAGCCAUCCCCCUGAGCUGCUGCUUGCUGCAGAAAGUGGCAUCCUGUGGCUGAAGUCUUUAGACCUUGAUACUGAGAUCUAAAGCCACGUGGCCCCGUCCCCGCAAUGGAGUAGGAUUAUCAAAUUGGUGACUACUGACAACAGCUCUAUUUGGCAUGUUCUUAGCCAGUUGUCUCAACACUGCCUUAACUUGAUGCUCUC